AUGCCCCGGCUGGCUGGCCCUCUUCAACCUGGCAGGGCUCCGGGGUGGGAGGCCAGGCAUCCCGCCCGUGCCCCCCCUCGGCCUUGUACAGACACUACACUCCUUACUUGUCCCCACGCCAACAUCUUGCAUCGCUCGCAGCUCGCACCUCGCACCUCGCACCUCGCAGCGGAGGUCUGGGCCAGGAUCCCCGGCUGCGGCCUGUCACCGAUCCUCAAGGACCCCCGGCCCAUCGGACCCAUCCCGUCUCCCCCCGUUGAUCGACUCGGGCUCCACAUUGCGCCGUAG